AUGAAACUAGUAGUUCUUUUUUUAAGCAGUUUGCUGGCAGAGACGAUUAAUUUCUUUGACUUUCGUCAAACAACGACCGCGCGAACUGGUCUUGCCCGAGCGACAAGAAAUUUCGAGAGCGAGUUGUACGAGGCGGAAGAAAUUGGAUGGACAACUGAACCAGUUCUUCCAGCUACAACAACUCCGGCAUCAACAACAACAACCACUACUACAACAACAACGACAACGACGACAACUACAACCACCACCACUACCACCACAUCAACAACAACAAUGACCACAACAUCAACAUCAACAAUGGCGACACUUCCCUCAACGACAACUCCAACAACGACUGUCUCACCAACAACGACAACAAAACCAACAACAACUCCUCCUCCAACAACAACAGCUUUAACAACAACAACAACAACAACAACAACAACAGUCUUACCAACAACAACGAGCCCUUGUUGUACUACGAUUGAUGAAUUCGCCGCUAUCGCCAGACAUGGCAGCUAUGUUGGAGCUGCUCAUAAAGAAAUUGAAGAGGAAAAGGAAAAAAUGGAGCAAGAUUUCUUGGAAGAACUUCAGCUUGGAAGUAAAUAUUUUGAUAUUUCGAUUGAUUUGAGCACUGCAAAUCUUCGUUAUCUCACUCAUCUGUUCAAAACCGAAGCGAAUUUUAACCAAUUCAAGAAGAGAUGGAACUUCUGCCACAAAUUAAAAGUCAAUAAGCGAUGGAAUAUUUACAGACGUCGCCGAUGCAACUUCGUUCUCUCCGACAAUCGUCUCAAGCUCUACAACGAGUUCAAGCAAAACCGCGGUCGCUAUACUCGCCAUAGAACAAGAAAUUAUCGACGAAGAAACUAA